ACGACCAAAAGACAAAAAACUAGAGGAAGAAAACAAAAACCUUAAAAACACUUUCAAUAAAAGACACACACUCACUGUAAAUCCACAUCGAGAAACACACUUACACAAACAUCAUUCAUGGAAAACACUACAGAGAAGACGAAGAAUAUGGUUGUUGAUGAUGAUCGUAUACUAUGGGAUUGUGGAAGUCCACUCUAUGAUUCCUACGAGCUCGUCUCUCUUACUCACAUCAUCGAACGCCAUUUCAUGUCUCUCCCUUCUCUUGCCGGCGCCGGAAAAGUUUGCUGUUCUCGAUCACCGUCUGAUCUGGGGGAAAUUGCCAAUCGCGCGGCCAGCACCGUCGUUGAUCUGUGUUGUUCCUCUGAUUCGACGACUGGUAAAUUAUUGUGCGGUGCUUUUGGAACCAAAUGGUGGAAGAGAAAGAAAAACACCGUCGAUAGUUACAAGCACAAGAAGAAGAAGAAGAUGUUUUGUCGGAUCUUCUCUAAGAUAAGGAUUCCUACAACAAGAUCUGGUUCUUCGAAGAUGUGAUUUUCAUCUUCUUUUUUUGCUUCUUCGUAAAAUAAUAAUAAUUACUUGUUCAUUUUAAUUUUGAAAAUUUAAUCGAAUAAACUGUAAUGAAACGGGAAAUACAUUUUAUUGAAUUAUGGAUUAAAUGCACAGUAAUUAGUUUA